CUUUCCCGCUCAAAAGGGACGAAAAAAGGGCGCGUAGAAAGAUCCUCCGCUUCCUUCCUUCCGGAGAAGAGAAGGGCUCCUUGCUGCCCUGCCUCCAUUUUGGGGCACUAUGAGGAGGCCUGCUCCGCUCGGGCUUCGCUCCGGGAACCAGCCCUCCUCCUCUGCCAGGAUGCAGGGGGGAAAGGAGGAAGAGGAGGCCGGGGAGCAGUGGAAGGAGACCCGGGAGGCCCUGGGGAGGCUGGCGGGGAGCCUGCGCUGCUCCCGAUGUGAUGACAUUUUGAAGAAACCUGUGAACCUAGGAGGCUGUGAGCAUAUCUUCUGCCUAACAUGUGUAGGUGACAGCAUUGGCACAGCCUGCCCAGUGUGUCACGUGCCAGCCAUGGUACGAGAUGUGAAGGUGAACAGGCAGCUGGACAACAUCAUCAAACUGUAUAGCAAACUGCAGAGUCUUCAGGGCAGGGACUUUUCAGGUUCUGGAGGUAACCUGUCUGCUCCAGAAGAGGUAGCUUGUGUGCCAGGAAAGAAGAAGGAGAUCAAAAUGUGGUUCAGUCCUCGUAGUAGGAAAAUGAGAUUUACUCUGAAGAGGAGGCCGCAGAAGCCAGAGGCUAUUGUGGAGAAGGACAGCCAACUUCAUGCCUUGACUUCCACAUAUGAUUUCAUUUCCUCUCCUCCUCAAGAGAAGUUCAGAGAAGAUACGAAACGUCAACCGAAAUGUAAGAAAAAACUGAGAAAAAAGACUUUAGAAGAUAUCAACCAACAAUGGGGACUGCUUGGGGGAAGAAAGAAAAACAUCAGUGGACAUACCGAGAACAACUCAAGUGAAAUCAAAACAAAUUUAGUGUCAUUUUGCAGUCAAACUAUGAUUAUCCCCAGUCCAGACUCAAAAUGCACAUCUGAGAAAGGAUCUGUAAUGGGGGAAGAGGCUGUGCAGAAUGAGAGUGAACUUGGUACAAGUGAUAGUACAUCUGUGAAAACCACACCGAAGAGCAGCAGGAAUAAAUUGUCUAGUAUGUGUGACUUCACUGAAGAGAGCUUGACUUCGGAAGAGUGUCUCUUUUUAAGAAAUAGUGCAACUAAACGUGGCAGACAACUGACUGAAUCUCCUACUUCUAUACAUAAACGUUCCAGAAGGAAAGAACAGAACAUACAAGGGAGAUCAUCCCUGCUGAAAAAGUUGCCACCCCAAAAUCUCCAUGGUAAAACCUCUCCCACAUUUGAUGCUGUAAGGUCUUCUCGAUCUGGCUUCACAUCAACAUUGAAAAAUUCUGAAGGGUUUCAGCAUGCAAGUGGUGAAACAUUUCCAGGAACACCACUCAAAUCCAAUAAUGCCACUCAAAAGGGCACACAGCAAACUGAGCCCUCCUCCAAGAAGUCUCCUAAUAAUUCAUCACUGAGAAGAAAUCAUAAAGGGGAGACUCUGCUUCACAUAGCUUCCAUUGAGGGUGAUCUUUCUUCUGUGGAGCACUUACUAAAAAGUGGAGCGGAUCCCAAUGUUAAAGACUAUGCUGGGUGGACACCAUUGCAUGAAGCUUGUAAUCAUGGACAUAAGGAAAUAGUGGAGUUGUUGUUGCAGCAUGGGGCACUGCUGAAUGCAACUGGGUAUCAAAAUGAUUUGCCACUUCAUGAUGCAGUCAAGAACGGGCAUAUGAGCAUUGUUGAACUAUUGCUUUCUCAUGGCGCUUCUCGAGAUGCAGUUAAUAUAUUUGGUCACAAACCCGUUGAUUAUGCUGAAACAGAAGAGAUGAAGUCGAUUUUAAUGCUGUCAUCAAAGAAUGAAUCUUCAGUUACUCAUUGUGGAGAACAAGUAAAUCGAAAUCGUCCUAGAGAGGGACCUGUUGUUCUCCUUGGAAGUGGUCUUGAUCCAGCUAAGCAACAGUUGUUGAGCAAAUUGGCUGUGGUUCUGAAGGGCAGCAUCUGUAUGGAGUUUAACAGCACAGUGACACAUGUUGUUAUCCCUGAGCAUCCUGUGCGAAGUACUAUGAAGUGUAUGAUGGCAAUUCUGACUGGAUGUUGGAUCUUGACUUUUAAGUGGGUGGAUGUCUGCCUCCAGACGGGAACCAGAGAGAAAGAAGAAAAGUAUGAAGUAGAUGGAAGCCCACGUCGGGGUCGGCUGAACAAAGAGCAGCUGUUGCCCAGGUUGUUUGAUGGCUGCUACUUCUAUUUUCUGGGAGUGUUUAAGGAGCACAACAAAGAUGACCUGAAAGAACUGGUGAAAGCAGGUGGAGGACAGAUUCUCCUGAGAAAACCCAAAUCGGAUAAUGAUGUGACACAGACAAUCAAUACCAUAGCCUAUCAUGCUGAGAUUACAUCUGACCAGAGUUUCUGUACACAAUAUAUAAUCUAUGAUGGAUCUUCUAGUUAUACCCCAGAGAAAAUUCGUCAAGGAAAGGUUUGGGAGGUGCCAUCUAAAUGGCUUAUAGACUGUGUGAUGUCAUUUCAACUAUCACCUGUUAAGCAAUGAAUUUCCUGACAUUGUGACACCAGAAACAUUUGUGUAGCCUGGGGUUUUAAACAGAGAGUGAAACUUUGUGUUUCAGCUGAGAAACAACCAUAAAGCAACAGAUUAUCUUCAUAUAAGUUUAAAAUUAUUGAGGUUGGGACAUGGUCAAGGAGAAAGUAUAACCAGAAUUUGAUUAUUGUUGAUAAGAUCUCCAAGUGUCCAAAGUGGUGUUUUUUUACAACCUCUUGUGAAUCAUUUUAGCAGUUUAUGAUCCUAAUUUCUACAACUUAUUUGUGUUUUUGCAAGAGCUGAUUUUAAAAAAUGAUCAGUUUUCUGAGAAUGCAAGUCAGUUUAGAAUUGGGACAUCGUAGAAAGCACUUGUUUCUGACCUCUGUCCUUGUGAAUAUUACAAUACCCUGAAAUGAUGGCAAUUUUAAACAGAUUCUGAAUGUGUCUCUGAAAGCAUCUUCCAGUGCCAUUCUGGUUAUUAUAAUCCCUUUAUUAGAAAAAUAUAGGAAGCAAUAAUAUAAAUUACCUAUUAAAAGAGGUACUAAAGCUUUUUUCUGUUUGCAUACAGACCACCCUCUCUCUACACGGAGGAUCUGUUCUGGACUCCCCUGUGUAUGGGAAAAAUAGUGUAUGCUCGUCCCAUAGGAAAGAAUUAGGCACCUGCACGCGGCGAUGCACAGGGCCCAUGGUGUGGGUACGUGCCUCAUUACUUCUAAUGGGCCUUGCCUUCCGCGUAAGCUCAAAGCCGUGGAAGGCAAGUCCACGUAUGAGGAGGGCUGACUGUAUAAUGAAAUUGGCACUAUUGUUAUUUUGUUCAGUUUGUAAAGAGCUUAGUUUUUAUAUCUAAUCAUGAUUUCUGUGUUUUCAUAUUCUGUCAUUUUAAAUGUUCUGGAUUAUAAUCAGUGAUAUAACACAAAGUAUUGCUAUUUAAAUGUGUAUAUGUUGCAUAUUGGUGAAGGGUGAGUUGGACACAGUCCUUCCAAUUAUAUGGGUGAAUACAGAAUUAAAUCAUUGUACCUUGCAGUUCCAUGCAAAUCAGUUUAGAUACACUACCAUACACUGUUUCUAAGUGGAGUGUCACAACAGCUCAGAGUUCACUACAAGAAUAAGAAUCUCUACUUUCAUUGUUUGAUGGUAUCUUGACAAUUGCGAAUGUCUCUCGUUGGUCUGGGCAAUUUUUGUCUCUCUCAAGUGUUGUUUUGGACAGUAAUUCUCAUAAAUACUGACCCAGGUCGUCAGUGAUUAUGAGAACUGAAGUUUACAUAUUUCCCAUCCUUGCUAUCUACCCUUGCCUUCUCUCCCUUUGUUAUAUAUUCCUGGUGUGGGAGCAGUGUGAUCUUCAAAAUAAAGGGGGUAGUAAAUGUAUAAUACACAUAUUGUUAACCUGGGUGCUAAUGGGACCCUAAUUUUUUCUUUUACUGAUAUGAAACCAAUGUCUGGGCUGAAUACAUUCAUACUUGGAAGUGAAGGAUAUAAUGCUUUCUCAUUAAAAAAAAAAGGUAAACUAGUUGGUUGGGAAGAAGGGGUUUUAUUUUUUUAAUGGUAGAGGCGAAUUCAAUCACAUCAGCCCCACUCUUCAGUUGGAAGGGAUACAGCCCAGGCAGAGGUUGAGGUUACAACUUAAGAAAAAAUUGAGCCAACGUCUCUGAAGUGAAAUCAUGAAAAAAUAUGAUUUCUUUUUCGCGGGGGAUCCGUUCCAGAACUCCUUGCGAAAAUGGAGUUUUGUAUAUGUUCAAGCCCCAUUGGCUUGAAUAUAGGUGUGGGCAUGCACCCUAUUCAUUCUCCCUCUGUUUGACCUUUGCGCAUAAGCGAGGGACGCGAGUUUGAAGACUAUGAGAAUGAAGGGAGGACUGUAGUGUAAUGGCUAAUAGUGAUUAAUCAACCAGAAAUAAUUCCACUAUGAUUUGGUUAGUUAAGGUGCAAUCCGUGAGAAGCAAACAUAAUAUUUUUAAUUAUAUGUUUAAAUUAUAUCUCAAGGGCUGAUGGUAUGUUAUGGGUCUACUUCCAUGUUAAAAGUGAAUGCGACCUGGGUAUUGAAGCUUAAAUAUAUUGAGUUCUGUCACUAUAAAGUGUAAUGUUUCAUUUUACCAGUGCUUUAACCAGUGCUAACUCAACCUUAAAAAUAGCAGAAUGCUCUGUGUGUCUAUGCAUGUGUACAGUAAGUCUGUUUUUCAGAAAAAGAAAAUCCUAACUUCUCAUUUCUGAGCGGGAAGAAGCAGUUUCUAUCUCAAUCUAACUCCCAGCAGGAGGUCAAGUCUGAUGUAUCUGAGAAAUGUCAGAGCCUACUGUGAGAGGUGCAGAGGGAGGGAAACAACAGUACCAUACUGCAUGGUGAUGCUGAAAUGGUGACACGUAACAAGCUGCCACCUAUUAUUCAGUGCAGCAUUUUAUUUUAUUUUUUUAACAGUUCCAGAAACAUUCAUGCUUUGUGGUUAUGGAAAGAUGCCUGUAGUUUCUCCACAAGAUUUAAGGAAUGUGUUUUGGCCUUUGCAAGCUCUAUACAUUUGAGAACAGAGUCAUUCUUGUGAGCCUCCAUGGACCCCAUGCUGGGAGAAUAGUGAAAACUAAAUAAAAUGAAAUAAUAAAUGGCUUCCUUUUUGUUCCAAAGUCACUGUUCCCUUGGAACGCUCCCAAGCGCCAGUCCAAGUCAAGAAGGUGGAGUGCUACCUGUUAAACUCAUACUGAAGCCUGUUUCACUUUGAAAAAUCUGUCAUUCUACAUACACAGUGUUAUGCAUGUUCUGGCCCUUAAGCAUCUAGUUAUUCCUAGAGAAGUCUGAAACAGCUGUCAAGGCAAGUUGUUAUGCCAUAUGCAUACUCAGUUCUGCUUAAAGCUGAGAAUUUUAAAACCAAAUGUGUUUGCAUCUGUCCUCAAAACUCCUCCCAAUUCCCUUCUUCAGUGUGGUCUUCUUAAAAUCCCAGGUGCCAACCGCAUCUUUUAUUCUGAAUUGCAAUUCUGUUUUCUGACAGAGUUAAACCUCUUUUUGGAAAGCACACCCUGCUGAAUUAUAUUGAAUUACAUUACACUUGUCAAUCAAGGGAAUGCCUAAUUUUGUUAAAUUUAUGUUAUUUAUAUCAGUUUGACACAUAGGACAAGAAGAUAGUACAGUAUAUGGCAGGCCUUUCUAUCCUUUACCACCCCCCAUACAGAUGUAUUGGAUUAUACCUGGCAUCAUCCCCAUACAGCAUAAAAUGUUUGGAGAAGCAGUUGUACAUAUUUGACAUGAGCUAGAGGGCAAAAAGAGAUUCCUUAUUUGUUUGUGAUAGAUUUACUUAUUUUAAUAAUGAUUAAUGUAGUCUUGACAUUUUUUACUAUAUGCAGGAUUUUAUGAAGUAAUAUGUUUCCUGAGGGGCAGUAGGAAGCGCACUCUGUGGAUGUGGCUAAAGAUACAGUGAUCUUUGGCCAAAGGUAGACUGAGGCUACAGUCCCAAACAUUCUUUUGGGAAGCAGUUUUCACUGAAUGUUUACCUAAUUUUGGAUAAAGAAUGCAGAUGUGCAUACUGUCAGUACUGUGAUAGUUUACUCAAAGUUUGUGUUCAAGAACCUGUCUUGUCUAAUUGAUACUGGAAUUAUGGUUGACAAUAAUCCCAUGGGAGAGUUUCUUUAUACAGUAAAUACAAAUUCAGCUUUCACAAGUGAGGUUCCAUUGGGUGAAAUGGGAUCGUUUCCUUCCACUGAUGGGAAAGCAAGUGUAUUGGAUUCUGCCACCCUCAGCAACUUCCUCUGCCCCCAGGAAGCAUCCUAAAGCAGUUCAGGAGAUUACAAAGGACCAUUAUGUAAGCCAAGUCGAUUAAUGCAACAUUGGAUAUAACCCAUUUUAAAUUAUUCAGGAGGGUUUCAGUCUCUCAUUCUCUUCCAGACAUGUUUGCAUGAUCCUAUUUCAGUUUAUGUAGCUCAGGGAUGAGCACUAAUUUUUGUUUUGUUUUUUGACAGACUAGACUUUCCUAGUUUCUUCACUCAUCCCUUCAACAAAUUGCAUGUUAAAGUAUAAGGUCUCUAAUCAUUGUUUACUGCUUUAUCUAAACCAGGAAAGCAUGAUUUCCAGCUUUUGGAACAAGCCAGGAUAUUGCACUAUACUGUGAAACUGACUUAAGAUCAUGACUUACACUGAAGCUACUAACUGUCUAAAAUAAAUAAUGUUUGCAAAAUAUGACCCUUAGAUGGGCUACAGCUACACUGUAAUGCUUACUUACUCUGGAAUUGUCAUCUAUUAAAAAAAAGAAAAAAGAGGGAAAUCCUGAUCAAACAGAGGGCAGCUUGCACAUAUAACUGCAGGCUUCAUUCUUAUUUAAUCAACAAUUAGAAAUGUUCAUAAUGGAACCAUUGACACCUCCUGGCACUUAACUGAACAAUCUACUGAAAAAGACAGGCCACUACAUUUGAAGAACAUUACAAUUAAAAUUUCAAUGGAAGAGGUAGCUUUGGAAGAGUGGAAACAGUGGAAGAAGAUGCACAAGCUUAUCAUACAUAACAUUUUACUUCUCUUCUGCUAAAAAUAAGCUGAUGUCAUCCAAGUCACAAAAUUAUGCUUGAUUUAUGAUUGUAUGAUGUAUGAUUUAUGAUCCCUGUACUGUGCAAUAAAGUUGUGGCCAUUUUUAUACCCAUUA